CCUCCUCCUCCUCCCUGGACGGAAAUUGCCGAACCUUUCCGAGCGUCUCAUUCAGGCUUCGUGCCGAAGCGUGUCGCCCCUGAGUGCCCUCUGCUGGCCAACGCCUCUUCCUGCGGCGGCGGUCGGCGGCCGUGGGAGGAGGAGUUUGAGUUCACUCGUUGUCUGCUGAAGCCGAGGCACCGGGUGGGCCCGGGGACACCAGACAUGGAGUUGAAAAAAUUGAUAACUGCCACGGAUACCCAAUACUCUGGUUGUCUGCUCCAGGCUUUGAAUGACCAGCGGCUGCAGGGCUUGUACUGCGAUGUCACAGUUAUUGUAGAAGAUCGCAAAUUUAGAGCUCACAAGAACAUUCUUUCUGCAUGCAGUACUUAUUUCCACCAACUCUUCACCGUUGCUGGUCAAGUUGUGGAGCUGAACUUUAUCAGAGCUGAAAUAUUUGCAGAAAUACUUAACUAUAUUUACAGUGCUAAAAUUGUACGCGUUAAAAGCGACAUGUUGGAAGAGUUGAUAAAGUCUGGAAAAUUGUUAGGUGUACCUUUUAUAGCAGAACUUGGAAUCCCUCUGUCACAAGUGAAAAGUAUAUCUGGUGGAGUUAAAGACAGUAAUGCAGAUCAGUCAAAGACUGAUGAAAAAACACAAGAGUCAACAAAAAACACAACUAGUGCAGCAUUGACCAAAGCUCUUGGAGUUUCUGUAUUGCCAAUGCUUGCAGACACAUUUACUGUAUCAACAAAUUCUGAUGUUGAGUCAAAUGAUGAUUCUGAUGAUGAUGUGAUCUUUUGCUCUGAGACUUUUGCACCCCCCAAAAAAGGUGCCCAAGAAAAAAAGGAACCUGUGACACCCCCGAUUUCUGCUCCUAGUGAACAGGCACCCGAUGUAAAGAAACCUAUUCCAGAACCUGUCCAGCAACAGGUUACCCAAGAUAUUAAACCUGUAGUCCAACCUCCCCCAAAACCAGCAGCUCCAGUUCCAAAAGUUAUAACACCUGUUGUUGUUCCUGCUGAUACAAGUGUAAAUCCACCAACUCAAAAUUCACAUUCAACUAGCAAUACUACAACCUCUCCUCUGAAAAUCUCUGGCACAGCUGUUGCACCAGUCCAGUCUCCUUCCAAUGCCCCAUCUUCUUCAGCUAUACCUACACCAGCCGAGAAGCCAGUUACAGCUAAUCAAAACUUACCAAAACUGCAACCAAUUGGUGUUGUUCAUCCCAAAUUAGAGCUGAUCUUGGAUGCUGAUUGUAUUUCAUCUCCUCCUCCUUCUUCCGUCAUAUCUGUAGGCCAGCCAACAAUUACACACAAAAAUAUAUCCUUUGAUGGAGUGCAGAAGAAACAGGUGGUUACCGUCAGCCCUGGAUCUUCAUCAAAGCCUGGAGAAUUCAAAAUUAAAAUUGCAGAUGUUGUUUCUGGGAGCAGUAAAGAUUCUUCCGAACCUCGGAGAAUAAUGGAUGGUAAGAAGAUCAUAACAUUAGACACAGCUUCGGAGAUUGAGGGCCUUUCAACAGGCUGCAAAGUUUAUGCGAAUAUUGGCGAAGAUACAUAUGACAUAGUGAUUCCUAUUAAAGAUGACCCCGAAGAAGGUUUAUCUAAUCUGUGUGAUGAUGGCUCACCAGACAGUAAAAAAAUGAAACUGAAACACGACGAUCAUUAUGAGCUUAUAGUGGAUGGGAGAGUCUAUUAUAUUUGUAUUGUGUGCAAGAGAUCAUAUGUUUGUCUUACUAGUUUGCGAAGACAUUUUAACGUUCACUCGUGGGAAAAAAAAUACCCCUGCCGCUACUGUGAGAGGGUCUUUGCACUUGCGGAAUACCGUACAAAGCAUGAAAUACACCACACAGGCGAGAGAAGAUAUCAAUGCUUGACUUGCGGUGGUUCUUUUAUAAACUACCAGGUCAUGGCCUCACACAUAAGAUCAGUUCAUAGUUUGGACCCUGCUGGAGAUGCAAAGCUUUACCGUUUGAAUCCAUGUAAGUCAUUACAGAUAAGGCAGUAUGCAUACGUAGGUGAUAAUAAAAAUAAUGUACCUGUCAUCAGUGAUGGUGGAAUUGUGUAUAACAUUGACCCAGAUAAGCCACAACCGGAUUCUGAAGAGAACCACUCUAGCAAUGGGCCAAAGCCUGUGAACUGGGAUGAUAUAUUCCUUCAGCAAUCUAACCAGAGCAUGUUUAAACCAACUACGUCUGAUGGCAGCACUGAAUUUGAAUUUGUUAUACCGGAAUCUUAUUAGACCUUACAGAAGUUAGAAUUCACAUUAAUAGGAUUGUACAUGACUUUUAGAUACAUCACAAGUAAUGAUCAGUUUGUGAUUCAACUAUACAGUUGCUAUAGCCUGUAAAGAUGCAUUGUUUUCAGUUUUCAUUGCGUUACAACCUGUAUGCGAGGACAUCUUACUUGAACAUCCAGUGAAGCAGGAAUUGGCAAGAAGCCUUGAAAUAGUUUGGCCAUUUAUUCCUAUAUAUGUAAAAGCAACAAAAACUAUUCGUGUAUUUCAUUACAUUGAUGUCAUGUUGCAUUUUGGCCAUUGAGGCAUUUCCAGUCCGUAUAGAAUUAGACGGUUUAGACAAUUGGUUAUGAAUACUGUACGUAUGUUUGCACUUUAAAGUUCAUCCAGUUGGCAA